AUGCACCAGUCCACCACUGUCACCAUGGAGGACGAGAAAAUCCGCCAGUACGGAUACGGUGGUCCUCAGGUGGUCAACUACGACGAUGAAGCUCCCCCGCUCAAGGGUGAGCUGGAGCUCAACGUCGGUGGCCGUGGUGCUACCCAACGGCGGCUGAAAAACUACCAGGUCAGCAUGAUCGGGUUCUGUGGUGGCAUUGGAACCGGUCUGUUCGUGGGAACAGGUUCUGCAUAUGCAGACGCAGGUCCCGCUGGCUUGCUGCUGGCCUACAUCGUCAUUGGAUUUGUGCUGUGGUGUGUGAUGCAGAGUAUCGCGGAAUUGGCUACCUUGCUGCCCACAGCGGGAUCGUUCCCUCACUGGGCUACUCGUUUCAUCGAUCCGGCUGUCGGCUUCUCCCUUGCUAUCACAUACGGUUAUUGUUAUACAAUCGCGAUUGCUUCAGAAGUAUCCGCUUCUGCGGUCAUUGUUAGUUAUUGGACAGACAUAACACCAGCGGUGGUCAUUACGGUCGGGCUGGUGCUGAUUUUGGCUAUCAACCUGAUGAGCGUACGCUUUUAUGGUGAAAGUGAGGUCAUCGCAGGCGCUAUCAAGGUCUUGUGCUUUGUCGGAUUGGUUUUUGUCGCUAUCGUCAUCACCUCUGGUGGCGGUCCCAAUCACCAAACCAUCGGAUUCCGCUACUGGCACAAUCCGGGAGCCUGGACCAACUACAACGGCAUCACUGGCCCGACCGGGCACUUCCUCGGAUUCUUGUCUGCCUUUGUCAACGCGUCCUUCAGUUUCGUUGGUGUUGAAACAGUCGUCAUCACUGCCGCCGAAUCGGUCGACCCGCACUACUCCAUCCCCAAAGCUGCCCGUCGCGUGACAUACCGUAUUGCAUUCUUCUACAUCCUCGGUGCACUCCUCAUCGGACUCAUCGUCAGCCCUACAAACAAAGACUUGGUUUCUGGUUCCGGCAAUGCUAACAGCUCUCCUUGGGUCAUUGCCAUCAAGCAAGCCGGAAUUAGCGCUCUGCCGUCUAUCGUCAACGCCUGUAUUCUUAUUUCGGCUUGGUCUGCAGGCAAUUCCUAUUGCUGGGUAGGAUCGCGCAUGAUCGUGGCCAUGACGACCGACCGCCAGUUGCCGCAGGUGUUUGGCCGGGUUAACAAGAUGGGCGUGCCAUACGUUGCCGUCAUCACCUCCUGGCUUUUUGGCCCGUUGGCAUAUCUGAGUCUUGGCUCCGGUGGUCCGGCGCAGGCUUUCGACUGGCUUCUCAAUCUGAGCACCAUUGCUGGACUAAUCGCGUGGGCGACACUGUCCUUCUGUUACAUUCGCUUCUAUUCCGCCAUGAAAGCGCAGGGCGUCAGUCGCGACACUUUGCCCUGGAAGUCGCCCUUCCAGCCAUACACGGCGUGGGUGGGUUUCAUUGGCUCAACGAUCAUCACCCUGGUGGCGGGUUUCCCCGUUUUCCUUAAGGGUAACUGGUCCACCUCGGACUUUUUCGCCUCGUAUGUGGGCAUUCCUAUCUUUAUCGUGCCGAUUAUCCUCUGGAAGGUUUUCAACCGCACGAAGUUUCAGCGCAGCUCCACCAUCGACCUCUGGUCCGGUCGACUGCAGGAGGGCGAGAUUGUUAUUCGAGAGGGCGGGCCCAAGACCCGUGUGAGACGCUUCGUGGACUGGUUCUUCUAA